ACACAUUCAAAGCAAGCCGACAUGUUUAGGUGUGGGAUCAAGUUGCCGCUGGUUUUAUUGUUUAUAUGGAUUAAUUACAGAUUCCGUGGAGGGGUUUCUUUUUUAAAAUACCAGAGGUUCUGUGCGUCAUUUCGUUUCUGCUCAAUCAGCUGGCUGGCUGGCUGAGGGUGUUCCACUUUUAUCAGCUCUCCCUUGGUUGGUUAACAAAACUUUGCUGCUGGUGGGCUAGGGGAGCAUUUUUUGUAAACUCCGGCAAGCUUUUUAACUCAGAAAUAGCUUUCAGCAAAAGCUGAGGAAGAACAACUUCAGGUUAUAAAUAAAACCGUCAGCGAAGUUUUAAAAACCAGGAACAUUUGACUUCAGUCUUUAAAAUAAGUUUUUAACUGAAGAGCCCGAAGGAAGUAUUUCAACCUGUGCUGUUGUGUUCUUGAGACUGAGCCAGCCCAGAGGCAGCACACCGUUUUCAAACCGGGGGUCAUGCUCGGAACACGCAAGACCUGGGACCUUGGCCACGCCCCCAACCUACAGGAUCUCUGGAAGAAGGACAGCUCAUUGGACAGAAGCGCUGUGGAUUUCCUGAUGGGUGACGGCGAGGAGCAGAGCAGCACCUACAUCCCCCUGCAGUCCUCUCUGUUCCAGAGCAGAACGAUGACCAUGGAUCACCAAGAGCCCAACAACGAGCAGGACCAGCAGCUCGUCAUACAGGCCCUGCAGGAGAAGGUGUGUCAGUUCCAGGCUCGGCUCCGAAGCGAGGAGGCCAGUCGUAAGCUGCAGGUCCAGCUGAUACAGAAAGCCCACGAGCAGAACGUCCACGAAAAGCUGGCCCUCAUCAAGAGCCUGCAGGAGGUGGUGUGUGAGCAGGAGAGCGAGCUCCGCAAGGGGAAUGGCACUGCGGGGAGGCGGUCCAGCCUGGGCUCCCGGCCCGCUCCCUCAGUCCAACGGUUGGUGGAGACUCUGACCUCAACCCAGGAGGAGAAGAAUCGGCUGCAGGAGGACCUGCUGUCCACCCAGGAGAGGCUGUGCAGCCGGGAGAGUGAGCAGCAGGCCCUGAUCUGCAGACUGCAGGACCAGGUUGAAGACCUGAAGGAGAAGCUGUUGGACCAGGCAGGGGAGGUGAAUCGACUCCGCUCAGAGCUGGGAGCGACAGACUUGGAGAAGCAUUUAGAAAUCCUGGAAUCGGAGAACGAACAGCUGAAACAGGAGCUGAGCGCCAGCCAGUCCUCUCUGCAGGAGCUCCAGGGAGCUCGCUCGGGCUGUGUGGACUGCCAGCACAACCAGGACCUGCGCGCGGGCCUGGCCCAACUGGAGGCGGAGGUCAGGCAGAAAGAACGCAGGCUGGCUGAGCUGCAGCAGAGCCUGGAGAGGAAGGCCAACCAGGUCUCUGAGCUCAACAGGCAGCUGGAGGACUCCCAGCAGGAGAGGGAAGACCUAGAGGAUAGGCUGAGGGACUGCCAGCAAGCCCUGGCCAAGCAGGCCACCCAGGUCCCACAGGUCAAGUAUGUCACCAAGACGGUGGAGGUGGAGUCGAGCCGGUCCAAGCAGGCUCUGUCGGAGGCUCUGUCCCGGAACCAGUAUCUGCAGGAGCAGGUGGGAAUGCAGAGGCAGCUCCUGAGAGAGCUGGAACAGCAGCUGCAGGACUCACAGAACACCGCAACGCAGCUCCGUAAGCAGCAAUGCGCUGACAGGAGCCGUCUUUGUCGGCUGCUCUCUAGAGCGGUGGGGAGUCGCAGUGGCACGUUGGUUCGUAGGUUGUCAAAGAUCAUGCUGUACGAGAGCGAGAUUGAGCGGACUCAGGGCGAGCUGGUGGAUGAGAUGCAGUGCUUAGAGGAAGAGAAGAACCGGGUCAUCGAGGAGGCCUUCGUGCGAGCCGAGAGUGAGAUGAAGGCAGUCCACCAGAACCUAGCCGGGGUGAGGAUGAACCUCCUGACUCUGCAGCCUGCCCUGCGGACUCUGACCUGCGAUUAUAACUGCCUCAAGAGACAGGUGCAGGACUUCCCCUUCCUCCUGGAGAAAGCCAUCGGCGAAGCCAAGCAGGAGAUCUGCCAGGUCAUCGGGGAGGUCAGCACCACCAACCAGGACCUCCUGUCCAAGUACAAGCGGGAGAUGAUGCUGAGGAAGAAGUGUCACAACGAGCUGGUGAAGCUGAAAGGAAACAUCCGUGUUUUCUGUAGAGUCCGUCCUUUAGCCAAGGAGGAUGGCGAUGGGCCUGACUCCAAGAACGUGGUAACCUUUGACCCUGAAGACGAUGCUCUAAUGAACAUAUGGCACAAGGGGAAGCCGAUAGCAUUUGAGCUGGAUAAAGUCUUCCCUCCACAAGCGACGCAGGGAGACGUUUUCCAAGAAGUCCAAUCCUUAAUCACUUCCUGCAUUGACGGCUACAAUGUCUGUAUAUUCGCCUAUGGACAGACUGGCUCAGGGAAGACGUACACCAUGGAGGGCAUCCCGCAGGAUCCAGGGAUUAACCAACGGGCGCUGCGGCUGCUGUUCUCGGAGGUGGAGGAGAAGGUGUCAGACUGGGAGUUCACCAUCACUGUCAGCAUGGUGGAGAUCUACAACGAGACACUGAGGAAUUUGCUGGGAGACAACCCCAAUGAAAAGCUGGAUAUUAAAAUGUGUCCUGAUGGGAGCGGACAGCUCUAUGUUCCAGGACUCACAGAGUUCAAGGUUGAAAGUGUGGAUGAUAUCAACAGGGUGUUUGAGCUGGGUCACAUGAACCGGGCCACAGCCUGCACCAACCUGAACGAUCACAGCUCCCGCUCCCAUGGGCUGCUCAUCGUCACGGUCAGUGGGAUCAACUGCACCACCGGCGGCCGCAGCACAGGCAAGCUGAACCUGGUGGACCUGGCGGGUUCGGAGCGCAUUGCAAAGUCCGGCGCGGAGGGCAGUCGGCUCAGGGAGGCGCAGUGCAUCAACAAGUCUCUAGCAGCGCUGGCAGACGUCAUCCACGCCUUGCGCUCCAAACACGGGCACAUCCCCUUCCGCAACUCCAAACUGACGUACCUGCUGCAGGACUCGCUGAGCGGAGACAGCAAGACGCUCAUGAUGGUCCAGGUCUCUCCAGUCGAUAAGAAUGUGAGCGAGUCGGUUUGCUCCCUGAAAUUCGCCCAGAGGGUUCGCUCAGUGGAGCUGGGGCCGGCCACACGCAAAGCAGAAUACCAGUCCUCCACUUCCUCCUCUCCCACCCCCACUCAGGAUAACCUGGAGGUGGAUUCUCCACCAGCAACCCCAAUGCCCACUGUGUCGACACGCGGGGCUGUUACUGCCUCUGGACGGACAGGGGGCAGCACCAGGAGGAAACUCCCUCCCUCAGGAAGAGUAAAACUUAUAGCCUGACGUGGAAAGGGACCUGCAAUCCUGAUAUUUUUGUAUUUUUAUAUUCUUUGGUCCCUGGAUCUUCUGCCAAUACCUGUUUAUCCACUGGACUGUGCACUGAUCAGCUGAAGUAGAGGACUCUGUGUGCAAUUUCAGCAUGGCUGUUUCCUUCUCAUUGUUGAUUCUUGCGCAGAACUGAGAUCUCCUGUCUUAUCUUCAGCCUUUGCCAAUAAGCUGAACUGCUGCCUUUUUUAUCUGAGGUUUUUGACAUUUGGAAGCUUGGAAAGGG